AUGCCGUCAGAUUCCUCCCAGAAGGAGUUCCUGGAAUUCCAGGCCUUGGCCGCAGAACAUGGUGCCACUGAGAUCCGCUGGAUCCCCGGCCACACCAACAUCCCAGGUAACGAGCAGGCAGACGCCUUAGCAAAGGCAGGAACCUCUCAACCCGAGCCUGCAGACGCUCUCCCGACGCUGGCAUAUCUGCGCAAGGUCGCUAGGCAGCGACCAAAAGACGCAUUCAAAGCCUGGUGGGAAGUUUCUGCACCCCAACAGUACAGGGUCCUCGACCUCGAUGCCACGACUGGCUGCCCGCCAGAACUUACCAUUCCACGACCUCUGCUCCACCAUCUGCUCGCAGCAAGAACCCACCACGGGACUUCGCUGAUUACCACGAAAGGUUGA